GCGCACCAUCUCCCGCGCACCUCUCGCCACCCCCUCCCUGCCCUCUGUCACCAGAAUGCAGCCUCCUGGGCCUCCCACCUUGCUGGCUGGCCCCAUGGCAAGAGCUUUCGAUCAAGGGUGGAAAGCCCACGUGAAGACCCAGCUGGUGAGAGAACUCAGAAAGAGGAACAGCAGAGGUUUCUGUCUAGACCAGCUGCUGUCUGCAAUACCAUUUAAUGCGUUCGUCUCUACGUACAUACGUACAUGCAUCUAAGUUUAUCUAGGAGGCGUCUUCGUGUGAACGUACAGAUGUGUGUUCAUACCUUGGCGGGUGGACUUUUUUCCUCCUGUCCUAUACUUGUGGCCAUGUCAGUGCGUCUUGGGUUGUAGAGUCCUGGGGUUUGGGGAUCCGACCCGGGGAGUGGGGAUGAGCAGCCCCGAGAGGCACAGAGACAUUCAGGUGGAGGCGGGAUAGCCUCUCAGGAUUGCGUAAGGGCUUACAACACCAUACUUUAGUUGCCACUGAGUCUGAGUGCAGACCCCCUUGCAUAGCAACCCAGACGCGAUUAAGUGGUUGUUGAUGGGUUUUGUGAGACAACAGGACGUCAGUGCCCCUUAGGAUGGCCUCUGGUGGGAAGCCCCACUGCAUAGCUCACCGAUGUGCUCCCGACUGUGUCUCCCAACCAUUCUGGGCCUCAGUUUCCUCAUCGGUGAGUGAGGAUAACAACGGUACCGUUAAGGGUUGCAGGGAGAGUAAAGGAGAGGGUGCACAGGGGGCUUCGUGUGUGACACGUGACACAUGCUUCAUCGGUGUUAACAGUUGUCCUCAACAUUGGCGUUGUAGUUCUUGCUGGGGGACCUGGGUCUGAAAGAGCCGGGUCCUCUGAUGCACCCUCUGGCUCUAUGGGGUCAGUCUCAACCGUCCCUGGCUCCCAGCCUUGCUCCUGGCCUACACUUCCCCUGUUGGAGGGAGGCGCUCCUGCCCCAGAAGCUCUGUCCCACAUUCAGGUCAACUGGACAGUAGGGCCACACCGGCAGGGCUCGACAGCCUGGCCUUAGCCAGGGUUCACCCGGCCGGGCCCUUGAAGGCACCGUCCACCCCGAAUUCCGAGGCGUCAUUCUCCUGGCCCAGCCAGUGAUAGUCUCCUUUAUUCCCUAAACUAACUAGAGUCUGAGAUCUGGGCCUGUGCUGCCCACCCCCAGAGGCCACGGGUUCUGGCUGGCGGGGGUCGCUGCCUGCUCUCGGCUUGUGCAGACGAAACUCAGGCAGGCCGAGCAGCCUUUCUGCUCCUACUCCUUCCACUGGCCUCCCCCCUCCAGGAAAGGGCCAGGCGGACUCGUCAGCUGUGCUUCUGCUGUGAGUCCCUCGCAAGGUGGCUUGCCGCAGGCUGUCCCCUGCACCCCGGAGACCCCACCUGUGGCCUCUUCUCCACACGGCACAGGUGGAAGACCGUCCCUAACCAGGGCCCGGGGCGGGAAGCCCCGAAAUGAAGUUGGAAGGGAUUGUCAGGUCCAACCCUGUCAUUUCAGAGAUGGGGAGACUGAGGUCAGAGAGGGGAAGUGUCUCACAUUUCAAGCACACUGGCUGAGGGGGACAUGCCCUCCUACUUCACCCCUGGCAAAAAGUCACUAUAGAGUAGUCUCAAUCGUUCAUCAAUUGUGCCUUUUCAUUUGAGAGUUUUCUUCUAUUGAGAGGGCAGAAUCUCCAUGCGGCGUUCUUUCUGGAACAGGGCGUUUUAGCAGAUUUUACCUUCAAUAGGAGGGAAAAUCUGGCAGCCCCAAGUUCCUGCACUUCUGCUCUUGGACUUGGGGAGCAAGGAUGCUGAGAAGCCUCAUCUCUCUGGGGAGGGUCCUUGGGAAGACGAGUGUAAGUAAGGGAUGCAGGGAGAAGGCUGCUGGGCCCCCAGGAGAGGAAGGGUGGGCCCUCUGGCUCCCUCUAAGGCCUCUUGCCCAUUCCUGGCCUGGAUGACCGUAAAUCGGGAAGCUGUGAGAACCUGGAACAUGUAAAACCUGAGCUGCUGACUCAGCAAGAGUUAGAGACCAUUUGCACACUAUUGCUGGGGUGACUGAGCUCUGUGUGGCUUGAUGUUAACAAGGGGAGCCCCUCUUCCCGACCCACACCUCCUAUAUCUCUCCUUCCGCUGCCCUCCACGCUUGCCUGAGCACUUACUGUUUUUCAGACCUGUAAUGACCACCUUUCUAUGUUCCUCAUAUUAAGCCCCAGGAACUUAAAGAUGAAGCAAGGCUAUAGCUCCUUGGAAAGUCAGGCCUGUGGCUUGCAGGUGGGUCGGUGUUUGGAGAGCAUCACCCAAAGAUAAGCCCAUCAGUGCUCCCAAUUUGGACAGAGGAACCCCCCCCCCCAAACUAGAUCCAUCUUGCUGUGCCUGUUUGCAUGACCUAUUUUUCUGGCUACAAACAGCUAGCAUUACCUGUUCUAAACAUCUGGAAUUACUUGCCUGCUUAGUCACCUUCCCUCUGGCUUCAAACAGCUGCAGGGCCCCACCCCCUCUCCACCUCCUGUCCAUCUAGGGUCCCUCCCUCCCUUUUUUCUUCCUGGAAGGAUCUGGAGGUACCAGAUCCACAAGUUCUGAUGCCUUUAAAAGGAUCAGCCUGGGAAAUAAGGCUCAUUUGAGAGCUGUGACGUUCACCUUGACUCUAGUGAAAGUCCAACAGCCAGUCCCCUUUUGGCCUCCAACCGGGCACCAUGAGGGCCUGCAUGCCCUUGAUAGUGGCCAUGCUCUGCAGCCUGGCCUGGGCUGGAAAAAUGGAGUCAUGUGCGUCUCGCUGUAAUGAGAAAUUUAACCGGGAUGCUGCUUGCCAGUGUGACCGCCGGUGUCCCCGGCACGGGGAUUGCUGUGAAGACUAUGACCAGCUGUGUACCGUGGAAGAGGACCCCAAUAAGCCAGAGCCAUUCCUGGAGCUGGAGGAAGAGACAGAGGCCCCAUCGAGCCACUUGUACUCGGCGCCCAGCUCCUGCCGGGACCGCUGCCAGGAGGCCUUCGACAGGCACCAACCAUGCCACUGUGAUGCCCGCUGCCCAGAGUUUGGGAACUGCUGCAAGGAUUUCGAGAGUCUGUGUGGCCACGAGGGCUUCUCCUACAGCAGUGACGCCAUAACCAAGGAGGAGCUGCAGAGCAUCUCCGAGAAGAUCUACAGGGCAGACACCAACAAAGCCCAGAAGGAAGAUGUCAUUAUUAACAGCCAAAACCGCAUCUCGCCCUCGGAGACCAGAGACCAAGUGGACUGCUGCCCAGAGCCGCUCUUCACAUAUGUCAACGAGAAGCUGUUUUCCAAGCCGACCUACGCCGCCUUCAUCAACCUCCUCAACAACUACCAGCGGGCCACGGGCCAUGGGGAGCACUUCAGUGCCCAGCAGCUGGCCGAGCAGGAUGCCUUCCUCAGAGAGGUCAUGAAGACAGCAGUCAUGAAGGAACUCUAUGCCUUCCUCCAUCACCAGAACCGCUACAGCUCGGAACAAGAGUUUGUCAGUGACUUGAAGAACAUGUGGUUUGGGCUCUAUUCAAGAGGCAAUGGAGAGGAAGACUCAAGUGGCUUUGAACAUGUCUUCUCAGGUGAAGUCAAAAAAGGCAAAGUCACUGGCUUCCAUAACUGGAUCCGCUUCUACAUGCAAGAGAAGGAGGGCCUGGUUGACUAUUACAGUCACAUCUAUGACGGCCCUUGGGAUUCUUACCCCGACGUGUUAGCCAUGCAGUUCAACUGGGACGGCUACUACAAGGAAGUGGGCUCAGCCUUAAUCGGCAGCAGCCCUGAGUUUGAGUUUGCGCUCUACUCCCUGUGCUUCAUUGCCAGGCCCGGCAAAGUGUGCCAGUUAAGCCUGGGUGGAUACCCCUUGGCCAUCCAGACCUAUACGUGGGACAAGUCCACCUAUGGAAAUGGCAAGAAAUACAUCGCCACAGCCUAUGUGGUAUCUUCCACCCAAUAGAGCUUGGAGCCAGACAGGGGCAUGAGGACAGUGGGAGCUCUUGCAAGACUCAGGUGCUAUCUCCUCUGGGCUGGAGGAGGAUGGGGAAGACUGGAGGGGGGAUUCCCAAGUCUAAAAAUGCCCUUAUGGGAAAGAGGGAAAAGAAACAAGUAAGAGAAAUGCAGAGAAACUGUCAAAUCUUUGUGCUGUAGCAUUUUGGAAAUAGAGUCCAGACAGAGAAGAUGGGAGCCCUCCAUAGCCCUUUGCCCUGAUGGAGACAAGUCCUUGACGUCUCUAGGCCUCAUGUUUCCUUUGAAUGUAAAGGGAAGGAGUUUUCCCCCUUUCCUUUUUGGGGGGGUUGGUGAGAGGGCAAACCUGACGGUAUCGUCACCGUGAAGGUGUUUUCAAUUGUUCUUAAGAAGAACAGCAGAUAAAAAUUUAAGGUCACUGUAACAGCUGUUAUCGUACACAGCUUUGCAAACUGAAGUUCAGCCCUAUGUCGGGGCCUCAAAGGACUCUGGUUGUGGAAAUUAAGCAGUGGCCGUUUGGUCUUUUCUAGGGCUAUAUCCUCUCAGAACAGGGCCUGGGAGAACGCUGAUGCCUGAUGGAGAGGAUAAUGGGUUGGCACUGUGAGUGAACCUGGGAGGGAGUGAACUUCUCCGGGCCUAGGUGUUUUUGCAGCCAGCUCUGUGCCUGCAUCAAGAAGCAUUCUACUUGUUUAGUGCGGGUGCAGAGGUAUAUUUUGACCCCACAUAUUUUGUGAAAGAGUCCCCCAAAUAGGAAGAAGAUUUUGCAUCAGAACAAAGAAUUUACAGCUUGGUGGCAUUAACAGUUAUUUUAAGGGCUUAUCCAGCAGCCAUCAUUUUACUCUGGAAUUAAAGACCAGGGAGAGUGGGACUCCCUCUUCCAACCUCAGUUUCGCAUUUCUCCCUGACCUCAGGGAGAACCAGAUACUGUCUCACAGAACUAGGUUUGAAUGAUGGUUUACAGCAUUCGAGUCUCCAAUUAAAGUCAUUAAG